AUGAAGAGCGUACACCCAUAUGCAGCGGAAGAGCUUCAUGGCGAUCGCUUUGGACAUGCAACAACUCAAUUACUUCCCUUCGACACCAACGGAUCUCCUCAUGGCUAUUAUGCACAAACGUCGCCGAAUCCACCACCAGCGAUCGAGCGAUCAUGGUAUGACCCACGAGGGUGGUCGCUGCGCAAAAGAUUGAUUGUUGCGGCGUGCAUUGUGGUCGUCAUUAUUGCUGUGAUUGUGGGAGCAGUUGAAGGGGUAAAAGCAAACGCGUAUCCCAACUACAGCUCCUUGAACUACACCUUGGCCAAUACGAUGUCAGGGUCAUCAUUCUUCGAUAAUUUUGAAUAUUAUACGGCAGCAGAUCCUACCAAUGGCUUCGUGCAAUAUGUUGAUUCGCAAACAGCAUCACAGAUGAAUCUGACUUAUGCAUCGGACACUUCGGCUGUGCUGAGAGUUGAUACUAACGCGGGCAACCAAACAACCGGCCGCAAAUCUGUUCGCAUCACUUCAACAGAUACAUACGACAGUGGACUGUUUAUUUUCGAUGUUGUCCACACUCCAUACGGCUGUGCGACAUGGCCAGCCCUCUGGCUUACAGAUCCGUCCAACUGGCCAGAGAACGGUGAAAUUGAUGUCAUGGAGUCGAACAACAAGGCUACUCACGGAAAUGCCAUGACGCUUCACACCACGAGUGGGUGCAAGAUGAAUGUUAAGCGCAAAGAGACCGGCACAUCGCAGGACAGCAAUUGUCUCAACACUGCCAACAACAACGCCGGCUGCGGAGUUGAGGGCAAGAAAGCAACAUACGGCGAGACUUUCAACAAUAACGGCGGUGGGGUAUACGCGAUGGAGCUACGCGACGCCGGAAUCCGCAUUUGGAUGUUCUCACGCGAUGAUAUUCCGUCCGAUAUCUCUAACUCCAGUAGCCCAGACCCUUCUUCAUGGGGUGAGGCUUUGGCGGACUUCCCCAGCACACACUGUGAUAUCAGCUCGCACUUCCGGAAUCAGAGCAUCGUUGCAAAUAUUGAUAUAUGUGGUGAUCUCGCGGGUGCUAGCAAGUACUAUUCAGAUCUUUACGACUGUCCCGAGACCUGCACGCAAUGGGCUGCAGAAAAUGGGGCAAGCUUCACGAAUGCUUACUGGGAGUUCAAUAGUUUUAAAAUCUAUCAGGCGUCAUAG